CGGUAUUGGUUGAUGGGAUUGACUAUCUCUUUAUGACACUUGCCAACACUCUAUUCUUCACGGUCACAGAGGCUGCUCAUAUAUUGAUUCAGUCCCACUACAAAUUUUCUUUUUCAUUCCUCUCUCUCGCUUUGUUUCUCUGCACCCAACUCAAGAUGAACCACCCUGCAUCUGACUCAAAGUAAUCUUCAAUCUGUUUGAUUAGCCUUGAGACUUGAUACUGAGAAAGGACUUGAUAAUGGAUAAAAAGGACAGGCUGUGCCAAGAAACAUGGGCAAAAUCUUCAUCUUCUGGUAAUGAAUUACCAAAAAACAUUUCCACCGAGAAACCAUCUUUUAUCAAUUUCAAUUUCAAUUCACAGCAAUAUGAGCAGAAGUGGGAAGAUACCUCUAUCUUUGGCAGUAGGACUAAUUCAUCUUUCCAAGAAUUCAACCCACAAUCUGAAACCCAAUCCUUACUUCCUUCCAACCCCAAUGAUCAUAUCAAAAUGGCAGAUCAAGAAAAUAGUCAAAUUAAUGAGACACUUCAAACCAACAAAAUCCCAGAUUGGGAUCCAAGGGCCAUGCUCAACAAUCUCUCUUUUCUUGAGCAAAAAAUCCAUCAAUUACAAGAUUUGGUGCAUUUGAUUGUUGGCCGGAGGGGUCAGGUUUUGGGGCGGCCAGACGAACUGGUAACUCAGCAACAGCAGCUUGUAACUGCUGAUCUCACUUCAAUUAUCGUACAAUUGAUCUCUACUGCAGGUAGUCUUCUUCCAUCUGUGAAGCAUACACUUUCUGCAACCACUACUCCUGUUGGACAGCUUGGGGGGAUUCUUUUUCCCUCUGGGACAGGCAUGAAUAAUAGUGUACAGCAACAACAUAGUAGUGGAAGUAAAGUUUCUGAUCAGUCCAACCAGAUGGAUGUUACAGGUAAUUGUGGGACUGAGCAGAACUACUCUAUUGAAGAACAUGAAAUGAAAGAUGAAGAAGAUGCUGAGGAAGGAGAGAACCUUCCGCCUGGUUCCUAUGAGAUCUUACAACUAGAAAAAGAAGAAAUCCUUGCUCCACAUACUCAUUUCUGUACAAUAUGUGGGAAAGGGUUCAAGAGAGAUGCAAAUUUACGUAUGCAUAUGAGAGGUCAUGGUGAUGAGUACAAAACUCCUGCUGCACUUGCAAAACCCAACAAAGAAGCCAGCUCUGAACCAGUGCUCAUUAAGAGGUAUUCAUGCCCAUUUACUGGUUGUAAGCGGAACAAGGAUCACAAAAAGUUUCAGCCUUUGAAGACUAUUUUGUGUGUCAAAAACCAUUAUAAGAGAACUCACUGUGACAAGAGCUACACUUGCAGCAGAUGCAACACGAAGAAAUUCUCAGUUAUUGCAGACCUCAAAACUCAUGAGAAGCAUUGUGGCAAGGAUAAAUGGCUGUGUUCGUGCGGUACAACCUUUUCAAGGAAAGACAAGCUUUUUGGGCACAUUGCUCUCUUCCAGGGUCAUACGCCUGCUAUUCCUCCUGAUGAAACAAAAGGACCAGCCGGGCCAUCUGAUAAAGGGGAUGAAAAUGAAGUAGCAAACAAGGUUGGAAGUAUAAAUUAUAGCUUUGGCUCAGGUGGUGCAAAUGGAACUGGGGCUCAAAAUGUAAUGGAUGUGAAGGGGGGUGUUGAUGAUCCUGCUAGCUAUUUCUCGCCAUUGAACUUCGAUACUUGUAAUUUUGGUGGGUUUCAUGAGUUCCCUCGACCUCCAUUUGAUGAUUCAGAAAGUUCCUUCUCUUUUCUUAUAUCCGGUUUAUGUAAUUACAGUCAGAAAACUGGAGGGGAAUCUAGUUCUAAUAAUAUUCAAUGACGUUUCUAGGUAUUCUAGUAUUUGCUUGCAUAAGUUAUCCUAGGUUUCUGAUUGAUGUUACAUUUUAAUUGGAGGUGUCUCAUGUAAUUUCAUUAGUUUAAAUAAAUGUACUUCCUUAGCCAUUCAUUGA